CGACGGCCACGACGUGCCACCCGUCCCUGGCCCUCCACCUGUCACUCCAACUAGUGCCCUUGAAACUAGUCAAGCGGACGCCUCCGAUUAGGAGUUGGAGACUGAUCGUCGAAACUCUGACGAGAGCAGCCCUGUGUCUAUGCCAGGGGUCGUUUCCCGUAUACACUACCAAAAAGGCGCCAAUUCAAGCACAGAUGAAGGAUCACUGGUACAGCUUCAAGAUACCAGGCCCGAUUCUCAUGCCAAACACGCCGGAUGUCGAAGACAUAGAAGAAACGCUGCUGUUGCCAAGAUUCGUCUGUCUGAACUGUUUGAACCGAGCCUACUUAGCUCAGAUGUUGUCCCAGGGAGUAUAGGCGCGAAUACGACAAGCAACGUUGAUGAGGUAAAAAACGGGCCAGCAAUCAAGCCACAAAACGGGUGGGAAGCCAACUUCGGAAUCACCGUUCCCGCAAGCUCGAGACAACCUACUCUCCCCUCUGCCUCGGGGCCGGCUGGGGACGGGGUUCGAAGGAGUUGGGGGUCAGCUGAGGAACCCGAGAACACGAAUUCUCGCGAGAGGAGGCUGAAGCUGAAGGUAUCGAGGGGUGCCCUUUCCAAAGCCCGGCGACAAACAGGUGGGACAUCGGGGGUAUCCUUCGACAGCCGUUUAAGCUCGGAAUUCGGCCGUGGCGAAACCAACCACGCAUCCCUGAAGAACGGCGAGGGGCUCGAGAAUGGCACGGCCACCACCACUCCUCCACUGGCAACUCCGUCCAGCCGACGCCGCGGAAAGAAUACCAAUAAGACCUCACGCACCACACAGAAGCCGGCUACGCCGGGUGAAAUCCCGACCUUGUUUCCCUCGCGCAGUCGUGUGAACGGGAAGGCCCUCCGCCGGUUGAAAAAGCGUUUCCCGGAGCUCGAGAGCCAGCUCGCCGAACUCCAGUUACAGAUACCAGAGCAGUCAACAGCAGCCGGCGUCUUUGAGGGUGGAAGAGUGGUGGAAGUUGCCGACGCAAAUCCCGUACGGAAACGCCGCGGUGGUCGUCUUAGGGGCCGGGUGAAAAUGUUGAUGAGCAGGGCGAGGGAAGCCAUUGCUCGUACCCGCGGCCGAUCGAGAGGUUAGAAGUUAUUACUGUGCCACGAACGUUCGUUUUACGCCGACAGGUCAAGUGUCACAUGGAUCCAGACGGUUGACCUGCGUUGGGGGGAUGAAUAUCGCUCGUUUUGUAGAUAUGGUUAGGUAGCUAAUACGAUGGGUAUAUUCUAG